UCCGUCCAUUUUACAAGCCGUUGAAAUAGUUAAAUAUUUCACACGUAUUUAUGUAGUAAUAUACAGUAGUUUUUUAUUUCGUGGUGUAGUCGUGUAUUUCAAGAUAUACUGUCCUGAAUUUAUUCUUGCAAUUAGGCCACUAUUUGUAAUACACAGGCACACACAAAAGUGUAACAGGCGUGCAAUGAUUUUGACGCGAUAUCGCGAGAGUAGCGAACGAAGCCCCCCUCCUGCGGGACCCGAACAGCGCGGGCCAGUGCGUGGCCCAAGUGGGGAGAGUGGGUGUUCACGUUCGGCCUGAUGUCAUGAGGCGGAACGGGAGGCUCGACUCGGCUCGGCUCGGCUCGGCUAGCGGCGGCGAACUCCUCGGCUGGGACGCGUAAUGACAACCACGGUACGGGGCCAUUUUGACGCUCACUUUUCGGACCUUUAACGGCGUGUCGUGGACUUUUAAGACGCCUGCGCCCCACCACCAGUCCACGGAAGGAGAACAAGGAGCGGGGAGGAGUGAGGUUGCUCUGCUAGCUGAACCGAGUGAGAACCGUCCAGGGGAGGCGAGACGGUGAUGAGCUCGCGCUAUCUGCGUUGACUUGGCGGGGGUGGAAAAACAACAAAACCCGACGGAUGCUGCUGCUGCUGCUGCUGCUUGGCUUCUCGGGCGUCUCGGUUCGCGUGUGAAAUGCCGUCGAGCAGCCGACGGGCCGCAGCUCGGCUCACGGAGCCCGAAUCUGGGAAGUAGCUAAGCUACAGCCGCGUCCGAUGCUCGCGACCAGGCGAGCGCUUUAGCCGGGAGCCUUUGUCGGACGGACGGCCGGCCGGCCGGCCGGCGCGGAGAUGGACGCUGAAACAUUGCUGCGAAAAAUGGGAAGCAAAACGGAGGGGCUGCCGCUGAGCUGCUAGAAGGCGCGGGGGGAGGGCGAGGUUAGACUGACAACAGCCGGCCCGCUCUUUCCCUCUCCCCGGGGUCACAUUUGAACAACGACCGCCGCAUUUGUCCUCCGCUAAUCCCCGCCGUCCGCCGUCGUCAUUGACGGGGAGGAACUAUGGAUAAGCUGACCAUCAUUUCAGGGUGCCUGUUCCUGGCGGCGGAUAUCUUUGCCAUCGCCAGCAUCGCCAACCCGGACUGGAUCAACACCGGCGAAUCGGCAGGUGCCCUCACGGUCGGCCUAGUCCGCCAAUGUCAGACCAUCCACGGACGGGACCGGACCUGCAUCCCGCCGCGGUUGCCCCCUGAGUGGGUCACUACGCUUUUCUUCAUCAUCAUGGGCAUCAUCUCCCUCACCGUCACCUGCGGACUCCUGGUGGCAUCACACUGGCGCCGAGAGGCCACCAAAUAUGCCCGCUGGAUUGCCUUCACCGGCAUGAUCCUCUUCUGCAUGGCGGCGCUCAUCUUCCCCAUCGGCUUCUACAUCAACGAGGUGGGAGGGCAGCCGUACAAGCUGCCCAACAACACGGUGGUGGGCUCCUCCUACGUCCUCUUCGUCCUCUCCAUCUUCUUCACAAUCGUGGGACUGCUGUUUGCCGGCAAAGUCUGCCUGCCGGGCUGAAGUCCGGACCGCGGCCGCCUUCGGACACAGCAAUCCGUUUGUCCGGGAUUUACGGGACGCGCGACGACGGAAAAUCUUAAGACCUGGUGAAGUAUUGAACUACGAAAAGAUGACGAUACGUCCGGCGGGCGCGCAGGAGCGCGGGGGAGGCGGGCCGCUCUUCAUUUCAUCCACGGGCGCCUGCGACCUUCUACCGGGAAGGGUGCCGCUGCCGUGGCAACCGCAGGGAUAGCGGCGGACCACCGAAGCCCCGGACCCCCCACGCCUCGGCGACGAUCCCCCGUUGCUAUCUCAGUGUUAUUAUUUUUUGUCGUCGUACAUUUGAAUUGUGUUGGCCUUUCGACAGAAGUGUUUUCAGUGUGAGUGACGAGGUGCCGGUUUCUCGAUAGGGUCACGUGACCCCGGCCCCCCACAUACGGCGUGCGACUGCCACCGAGUACAACAUCUUUUAUGAUCUACGAUCCAUCCGCAAAGAUUUUCAGUCCAGUAAGUACAGUUGCUGCCUUGAGAAACAAGUUGAAUUCGAUCCUUGCCGACGCUCGUCGGCGUCGUCGUCGUCGUCGUCUUUCCCCAUUGAAAUGAAAUGUUUUUCAUCCGUUUCCCCAAAAUGAUUAAUUAAUGGAUCGGAAUGAAGCAUUUUUUUUUUUUUUUUUUUUUUUUUUUUUUAAAUAGCUUCCUUUUCAAUGGAGUUUGUGCAGCUCCUGGCGGGUCACGCGAGGGACAGUACGAUUCCGGUCAUGGAACUAAUCCGUAAUCGACAGUGUUGGCAGUCGUUUGUCGGAGAGGAUCAAAACUUAUCUGCCGAUGAUUAAUGUUAUGUUUGCAUGUGUUGUUACUCCAAUAUUUGUUUCUGUAAUAGUUGUAACACUGCGACACUGGUACUAUUUUUUUAACUCGUUUGUGCCAUUUUGGAUUAUUAGUAUUAAUCUGAAGAGCCUUAUCUCCAUCAAAACUUUGAGGUUGUUUUCAAAUGUGUAAUUCUUUGUUUAGUUUAAUUUGACAGUAAACUUCAGCUGGGAUUGGCAACAAACAGCUCGAAACCUUUUCAUUUUCUUUUUUUUUUUAAUUUGCCAAAACUUUUCUUGUUGUGAAGUGAGCUGAGUUGCGUUUACAUCAUCUGAAAAUCUUUGCCCGUCAAAGUCAAAGCUAAAAAAAAAUUCAAGGAAAAUCAGCAAAAUGACGGCUCGUGUCUUGAAAAACUUGUCAACCGGCUCACUCGUAUCUCAAGGCACAACGGCGACAUCAUUGUGACCGACAAUAAUGUAGUGGGGGCGGCACGGCGGUGCAGCUGUAAAGCGUUGGCCUCGCAGUUCUGAGGACCCGGGUUCAAUCCCGGCCCCGCCUGUGUGGGGUUUGCAUGUUGUCCCCGUGCCUGCGUGGCUUUUCUCCGGCCACUUCGGUUUUCUCUCAUGUCCCAAAAACAUGCAACGUGCAUUAAUUGAAGACCCUAAAUUGCCCGUAGGUGCGAUUGCGACUGUUCCUGUCUCCGUGUGCCCUGCGAAUGGCCGGCGACCAGUUCAGGGUGUACCCCGCCCGCCUCCUGAGCCGUUGACAGCCGGGAUAGGCUCCGGCACUCCCCGCGACCCUUGUGAGGAUAAGCGGCGCCGAAAUUGGAUGGAUGAUGUAGUAGGCUGAAAUCUUAAUCACGAUAUCACGUUUUUUGUCUUUUAUAAGCCACUGGAAUGUAGUUUGAACAUCAACGCUGCGCUUUCACUGAAUCAUGAUUGAGUUCAGCUGGUUUGCAGGUAGAAGUGAACUAAAAAUUGGACUCUGGACUCUUCCCUAAUUUGAAAUGCAAAUGUAUUGAUCUCAAGAGUUCAAUGCAAGUGAUCCGUAGUGAAAUGUAGCCAUCGUCGACGUGCAUUUGUCCUAUUCGGUGGCCGUCUUGUUUGGGUAAAGUGCCGCCGCAAGGACGCCGGUCGGGCGGACAAGUGUGCUGCUUCAGAGCUGUUAGGAGGGACUCGCGCCGCUAAAUAUAGCGGCCAGUAUUGACUCCUUUCCACAAAAAAAAACGCUGCCGUUGCAUGAGGUGAGGAAUUGGCUUCUGUGGAUGUUGACAGUCGGCGGUGUUCUCCUUUAAGGUCACCGGCGGGCGGGCGGGGAGCAUCUUUUUUUGUCCUCUUUUUGAUUUGACGACGCAGGCGCAGGGACUGCGGGUCAGCCCGUUCGCGGGGCUGCGCCCUCAGGGUGCUGCUCACACACACCUUGCACAAAGAGAGGUUCUGUUCAGUUGCAAAACAACCAACACGAGGCCGCUGAGCCUAAAAGUGGAAGAAACAAAAUGGGAACAGGAAUUGUUUUGAAAUCUUAAUACAUUACCAGCAGGCUAAGGAAAAUCAUUUUUAAUAUUGUGCAGGGGGGGGGGGACUGAUUCGACCUUAAAUCACACUUCAUGAGCUUCGGUGCUGCUGUUUUGGUUCGCAACAUUAAAACAACGCUAACAGUCAACUCAUUCAUGUCCCUGUGAGCCGAUUCAAGGAAGUCCCUCUCGGGUGAGCAUGCGGCGUUUAUAAAAAUUAAAUUCGGAACUGUUUGUUUACGGGGACCUUUCUGGAAAUACAGUGGACAACUCAAAAGGUGGCUCGGGUGUUGAAUGGAACUUUUGGGGGUUGGGCAGGCGCUCUUGCGUAUGACAGACGUCAUUGAAGAUGAGCUCAAACACAACUGGAACGCUCUCAUAUUCACGACUCACCGCUGAUUGAUUUAGUUUGUCAUUUUUUAUACACACACACUACUGAAUUUUAGCUCACAUUUACUCGAAACAUACCAGAUUUUUUUUUUUCCUGCUUACACAACUAAAAUCCUUUCCCAAAUCAAAUUGAAAUCUGCUCACACCGUAAAAUGAAAAGCACUCAUAUAAUAUACUGAAGUGGACACCGUCGCAUUUUAGUGGAUUUUUGGAUGACGCGUCAAAGGAUUUGAACGUUUCGUACGGAAAUCAAACAUUCACUACUGAAAGAAUCUCAUCCGCCAUCCGUCAUCUUCCGCUCGCACACGGCUCAAAUCUUUUUCCACGUCGCUCAUGUCGUCCUGCGCGCGUCACACUUGAUACUGAAAUGCGUUCAUAUGGAAGAAAUAUCCUGAAACAAGAAAUUUUGUUAGCCCGUGCGAGAGCGUUUUGGAGAGGUCAUCCUGAAUGACCCCAAUAUUUGUAUCUCGUGGAAAUGGCAAGAUUUUGCAAAUGUUCUGAUGGUUGGCGCUUAUUCGAUAAGAAAACCAGAAAAACAAAUUCGGUUGCAUUUCCGGCAAUUCCUGGCCUACAGGGCGCACCUGGUUAUAGGCCUCGGUACACAAUGAAUGUUCGUUCCUCUGAGAUGUCACGCUGUGGCGACCUCUGACGGGACGAGCCGAAAGAAACUUUUCACACAGGAAAGAGUUUAACGCGAGCGUUAAGCCGUGUGCCGAGGCUGAUAACCCGAUGCGCUAACGCUAGCGCCGCAUCACCGCAUAAACCGCAGGGUUGAAAGCAAGCGUGAGCGUGGGGCUAGCGUUAGCGCGGCACCAGCUUUAAACUCUCUUUCUGCGUACCAAGGCUUGUAACCAGGUGCGCUAACGCCAGCGCCGCCUCACCGCAUAAACCGCAGGGUUGAAAGCAAGCGUUAUCGUGGGGCUAGCGUUAGUGCGGCCCUAGCAUUAAACUCUUUCUGUGUACCAAGACUUAUAACCAGGUGCACUAACAGAAGCGCCGCAUCAUCGCAUAAACCGCAGGGUUGAAGGCAAGCGUUAGCGCGGGGCUAGCGUUAAACUCUUUCUGUGUACCAAGGCUUAUAACCAGGUGCGCUAACACUAGCGCCGCAUGAACCGCAGGGUUGAAGGCAAGCGUUAGCGUGGGGCUAGCGUUAGCGUUAAACUCUUUCUGUGUACCAAGGCUUAUAACCAGGUGCGCUAACACUAGCGCCGCAUGAACCGCAGGGUUGAAGGCAAGCGUUAGCGUGGGGCUAGCGUUAGCGUUAAACUCUUUCUGUGUACCAAGGCUUAUAACCAGAUGCGCUAACACUAGCGCCGCAUGAACCGCAGCGUUGAAAGCCCCGUUAGCGCGGCGCUUCCGUUAAACUCUUUCUGUGUACCAAGGCUUAUAACCAGGUGCGCUAACGCUAGCGCUGCAUCACUAGAUAAACCACAGGGUUGAAAGCGUGUGGAAAAAAGUCGCAGCUUGUAGGCCGGGAAUUACGGUUCACUAUAAUGGACUUCAAAUCUGCAAAUUUUUGCUCUUGGUAGCCCAGUUGGCUUAACAAGUCAAUUUUUCGCAAUAUGUCAGCUUUGAAGUCGAGAAAUCGGGACAUUUCGAGUCCCUUGGCAGUCGGGCCGCUACUCGAGGGGACAUAGCGGGAAAGGACCAUUAAAGCUGAUUCUGAGUUUCAGCCACUUCCACUCUUGUGUUUUUUCGUUUACGCAUUCCCGUACAAAGCGGGAGCAACUUUCUUUCCGUGCGUGUGAAAACUUUCUCCGAGCUCAUUCCCAAAGUGUUCGUUUGGCAGUUUCCCCUCGUCACGUGCGUUCUCUCUUUUUCUCUGUUGGUUCGGUUAUUGCGCCACGGCCUGUUUUUGUUCGACAACGAUGUACAGACACAAAGGCAGGAUUUUGUGGAGUAGGAAGGACCGCGCGUCGGACACUUCCAUAGUUAACGGGAAUAGUUGCACCGUAGAUGUGUUCUCAAACUAAAAACAAAAACGAACAAAACGAAAAAAAAAAAAAAAAAAGCAAGAAAAGAGAACUUCUUACCUCAUUGUUUGUAUUAUUUUCAAACGGUGGCAAAAUGUGCCCUCUUCAAAUGUUUCUUGCCUUGAUCGGAUGGAUGUCUACACAUAAAGCCUAUGGUCAUAGGAAAUUAUUUAUCACUGAAU